UUAAAAAGUGAAUGCAUGGAAAUUUCCUUUUUUUAAAUUGAAAAGUAGUAGCACAUUGAGAGUUGACCUUGAUGAUACAUAUAGUAAUACUAUAUGCAAAUCAACAUGCAAGUAAUUGGCAUCGUGCGCUCUAGGCGGAUAUCAGAAGCCACAUGGAACAUGCAAGUAAUUGGUAUCAAUCCGUUAGCAUCGUGCGCUCUAGUUUCUGGUUUGGUGAGCCACGCUUGAUCCGCUGGGGGCGCCCAUCGCCCAGAGCAAGCAAGCCGUCUCCUCACUCACAUGGCAAGAAUGGCGUGGCGAGUGGCACUCGCCGCGGCCGUCCUCCUGUGCGCGACCGCGGGGCCGGCCCUGGGGGCGAAGCGGGCGCGCAUCCCGGACGACCUGCGCGACGUGGUAGACGACGAGGAGGACGACGAGUGGCGCCAUUACGGCGCGCCCUCCUCUCGUGGCCAGGGCCGCGGCGACGGCCCGCCGCCUGACCUUUCAAAGAUGGAUCCGGCCGCCCUCCAGGCCGAGCUCCUCCGCGGCCAAACUGGCCCGUCGUUCGGCUUCGUGAAGCUCCGCCCUGGCACCGCCCGCUCACGGGAGGAUGUGGUGGGGAUUGCGACGAGGUGGAGCAAUGUGCUGCGGACGGGAUCGGUGGACGCCAAAUUCGUGGCGGUUAAUUUCGGAACGCUCAUGUUCACCAUGGAGAGAGGGCGAGACAUUCUAGAGCUGAAGGAGUUUAUCCUGAGUCAGCCCGAGGCCUAUGAAUUUAAGAUCGGUGAUCAAAUUUUCCGCAGGCCUGGAGACCCACCCCUGGACCAAGUUCUUGAUAAGCCACAGAAAAAGAAACAAGUUCCUCAUAAGCCACAGAAAAAGAAGCGUCAUAAGUCUAGAGAUGAACUGUAGAUUCAUUUGCUAAUUUGCUCUACAUGUCCUGUUCUUUUGUUCGUUCGUUCGUUCUCUUUCGUCUACUUCAGUUUUGCUCCCAUAGCAGUUUUAUCUUGUGCAAUCUGACAAAUUCACUGGUAGUACUACUCCUUGUCAAAUGGUCUGUGUACUGCUGUAGUAUUGUUAUAACCACCGUGCUGUCCCAUGACCACACCCAUUCUGAAUGCAAGAAGGCAACCGUCCUUGAUCA